AAAGUUAUUCAACCUCGACCAUUCGAUACCUCCGCAACACCGUCCCUUACCCCCGAUCUUUCAGCAUAUAUCACCUUCUUGACAGCUGCCAGUGGGGGCUGGAUCAUCAAAAUGGGUGUUCAGAAGCGCACCAGAAAGUUUGCGCAGGUGAAAAGGAUCAUCGGCCAGCGGGACAACCGACUGAAAAAGAACGCAGACAAGAGUGAAGAGGAAAGCAAGAAGAAGGGCGGCGAUGAAGUUGUACGAGAAAUUCCUCAAGUCUCUUCUGCGCUCUUCUUCCAGUACAACACUGCGCUUGUGCCUCCCUACUCCGUCCUGGUCGACACCAACUUUCUCUCGCAUACCGUUCAGCGCAAACUCGAGCUCCUACCGAGCAUGAUGGAUUGUCUCUACGCCAAAUGUACCCCUAUUAUUACAGACUGUGUCAUGGCCGAAUUGGAAAAGCUCGGACCAAAGUAUAGAAUCGCAUUGCGUAUCGCCCGCGACGAGCGGUGGGAGCGGAUCAAGUGCGAUCACAAGGGCGUCUACGCGGAUGACUGCAUCGUUGACCGUGUCAUGAAGCACAAGAUUUACAUUGUGGCGACCAACGAUCGCGACUUGAAGAGAAGGAUCAGAAAGAUUCCGGGUGUGCCGAUCAUGAGUGUAGGAAGGGGCAAAUAUGCCAUUGAGCGGCUGCCAGAUGCUCCGGAGAAAUAAUGUCUUUUUUUGGUUAUAUACGCCCUUUCUGCACCGGGGGAGACUUCUACCCCGCCAUCUCUGGAGGCAAAGAGCACCUCUUUGCCCACCAAGGCGGUUUUUCUUUUUUUUUUUUUUUUUUU